AACCGCUGCUCAAGGACGAGGUGUCGUCACUUCCGCCGCGGCCUCGCUUUCACACUCGGGGCGGCGGGGUGUCAUUCAUGUGCCGGGAGUGUCGAAGAAGGGCGUCCGGGCUGCCGGCAGAGAAGGGAGUCGCUCCGCAGCCUUUCUUGAGGGUCUCUCCGUGGACACAAAGUGAGUCUUCGUCGUCGGCCGCCAUCCGUCACUCUGACCUUGAGGACGCCCCCGCCUUUUUUGAACUGAGCGCCUCGGUGCGUGUGCCAGCUUAAGGACUUCUUAUGCAUCGAUUAAGGACUUGUGCGGCGCGCUUGCGCCCGCUCACGGCCUCGCAGGCGGCUCAGACUGUUGGCCGGCAGCAGCCGAUCACAGCCGCCUCCACAAGGACGUUUCAGCCAAUCAGGUGUUACACAGCGCCUGUGGCCUCCGAGCCCUUUCUGAACGGAACCAGUUCCAACUAUGUGGAGGAGAUGUACUACGCCUGGCUGGAGAACCCCAAGAGUGUACACAAGUCGUGGGAUGUGUUUUUCCGAAACGCUAAUGCCGGUGCUCCUCCCGGCGCCGCCUACCAGUCUCCUCUGGGUCUGACUGCCGCUCCGCAACUCUCCUCUCUGGUUGGAUCUCAGCCCAACGUGGAAAAGCUGGUGGAAGACCACCUGGCUGUGCAGUCCCUGAUCAGGGCCUAUCAGAUCCGCGGGCACCAUGUGGCCCAGUUGGACCCGCUCGGCAUCAUGGACGCUGAUCUGGACUCGUGCGUCCCCACUGACAUUAUCACGUCCUCCGACAAGCUGGACACCGUCAAGGAGCGGCUGCAGGUCCUCACGGUGGGAGGCUUCUACGGGCUGGACGAGUCUGACCUGGAGAAAGUCUUCCGCCUGCCCACCACCACCUUCAUUGGAGGUUCAGAGAGCGCUCUGCCCUUGAAGGAGAUCAUACGCCGACUGGAGAUGGCGUACUGCCAGCACAUCGGCGUGGAGUUCAUGUUCAUCAACGACCUGGACCAGUGCCAGUGGAUCCGCCAGAAGUUUGAGACGCCGGGCGUGAUGCAGUUCACCCUGGAAGAGAAGAGGACUCUGCUGGCCCGCAUGGUCCGCUCCACCAGGUUCGAGGAGUUCCUGCAGAAGAAAUGGUCGGCUGAGAAGCGCUUCGGCUUGGAGGGGUGCGAGUCCCUCAUCCCGUCUCUGAAAACCAUCAUCGACGUGUCCUCUGCCAGCGGCGUGGAGUACGUCAUCAUGGGCAUGCCUCACAGGGGUCGCCUGAACGUGCUGGCCAAUGUGAUCCGGAAGGAGCUGGAGCAGAUCUUCUGUCAGUUUGACUCCAAACUGGAGGCGGCUGACGAGGGCUCCGGCGACGUCAAGUACCACCUGGGAAUGUACCACCGGAGGAUCAACCGCGUGACGGACCGCAACAUCACCUUGUCCCUGGUGGCCAACCCCUCCCACCUGGAGGCAGCAGACCCCGUGGUGCAGGGCAAGACCAAGGCGGAGCAGUUCUACUGCGGGGACAACGACGGGAACCGGGUGAUGUCCAUCCUGCUCCACGGGGACGCGGCGUUUGCGGGUCAGGGCAUCGUCUACGAGACCUUCCAUCUGUCCGACCUCCCUUCCUACACCACCCACGGCACCGUGCACGUCGUGGUCAACAACCAGAUCGGGUUCACCACCGACCCGCGUAUGGCGCGCUCGUCCCCGUAUCCAACCGAUGUGGCCCGAGUGGUCAACGCCCCCAUCUUCCACGUCAACGCCGACGACCCGGAGGCCGUCAUGUACGUGUGCAAGGUGGCGGCCGAGUGGCGUGCCACCUUCCACAAGGACGUGGUGGUGGACCUGGUCUGCUACCGCCGAAUGGGCCACAACGAGAUGGACGAGCCCAUGUUCACCCAGCCGCUCAUGUACAAGCAGAUCAAGAAGCAGAAGCCCGUCCUGCAGAAGUACGCCGAGAAACUCAUCUCAGACGGAACCGUGACCCGCCAGGAGUACGAGGAGGAAAUCGCCAAGUAUGACAGGAUUUGCGAGGAGGCGUACGCUCGCUCCAAGGAUGAGAAGAUCCUGCACAUCAAACACUGGCUGGACUCGCCGUGGCCCGGUUUCUUCACUCUGGAUGGACAGCCCAAGUCUAUGAGCUGCCCCUCCACCGGCCUGACCGAGGAGAACCUGAACCACAUCGGACAAGUGGCCUCAUCCGUCCCUGUGGAGGACUUUACCAUCCACGGAGGACUGAGUCGUAUCCUGAAGAGCCGUGGAGAGAUGGUGCGGAACCGGACCGUGGACUGGGCUCUGGGAGAGUACAUGGCCUUCGGGUCUCUGCUGAAGGAGGGGAUCCACGUGCGGCUGUCGGGCCAGGACGUGGAGCGUGGGACGUUCAGCCACCGCCACCACGUCCUCCACGACCAGAACGUGGACAAGCGGAUCUGCAUUCCCAUGAACCACAUGGCUCCCGACCAGGCGCCUUACACCGUCUGCAACAGCUCCCUGUCGGAGUACGGCGUCCUGGGCUUCGAGUUGGGCUUUGCCAUGGCGAGCCCCAACGCGCUCAUCCUGUGGGAGGCGCAGUUUGGCGACUUCCACAACACGGCCCAGUGCAUCAUCGACCAGUUCAUCUGCCCCGGCCAGGCCAAGUGGGUCCGCCAGAACGGCAUCGUGCUGCUGCUGCCCCACGGCAUGGAGGGCAUGGGUCCGGAACAUUCUUCCGCUCGACCGGAGAGGUUCCUCCAGAUGUGCAACGACGACCCCGACGUGAUGCCGAACAUCGGCGACGACUUUGCCGUGCAGCAGCUGUACGACUGCAACUGGAUCGUGGUCAACUGCUCCACGCCCGGGAACUACUUCCACGUCGUGCGCCGGCAGAUCCUCCUCCCCUUCAGGAAGCCGCUUAUCGUCUUCACUCCCAAGUCCCUGCUGCGCCACCCAGAGGCCAGAUCCAGUUUUGACGAGAUGCUGCCAGGAACCCACUUCCAGAGGCUGAUCCCAGAAGGCGGCGCUGGCCCCUCGGAAUGUCCGGACAAGGUGAAGAGGUUGAUCUUCUGCACAGGGAAGGUCUACUACGAGCUGACCAAAGAGAGGAAGAGCCGCGGAAUGGAGGGAACAGUCGCCAUCGCACGCAUGGAGCAGCUGUCCCCCUUCCCCUUCGACCAGGUGAAGGCGGAGUCUGAGCGCUUCGCCAAUGCCGACCUGGUGUGGUGUCAAGAAGAGCACAAGAACCAGGGCUACUACGACUACGUCAAACCUCGCAUCAGGACCACCAUCCAGAGAGCCAAGCCCGUCUGGUACGCGGGGCGCGGUCCGGCGGCGGCUCCGGCCACGGGAAACAAGAACACUCACCUGAUGGAGCUGCGGCGCUUCCUGGACACGGCCUUUGACCUGGAAGCUUUCAAGGAUCAGCAGUAGUCCUGUGACCUCUGACCCUGCCGCAAACGUUGGACCCUACCGCCCCUGCACACGCACACGUGCUUUUUUUCAUCAUCCUAAUUGGCACCGCCUUUUAAUGAUCAUGCUUUUUAUUGGCCGCCACAUCAGCGACAAAGGAACCCUCCCUCUUCAUCAUCCUCCACGCGGGGUCAAAGGUCCUUCUGGUUUUACUCCAUGCUGGUUAGCAUUAGCACUGUUUGCCUUUCAGCAGGUCCUUAGUCGUCACGGCAACGCCACAUUUGUUUGUGAUUAGAGGAAGCCGGCGCGCUUGUCACGUGCCAAAGGACCGCACUCGGUCCAGAUGGUGAAAGUUGUCCCUGCGGAAGUGACGACGGCAGAAGACGAGGUCCGCGCGUGGAGCUCCUGUGAGACAAACAGUCAUUUAUUUAUUUUCCUAGCGGGGAUGGAAGCCUCUCUUCCGUGUUUUUGCUUCAGUCAAUAAAGAUUUCUUUAUGUA